AUCCCAUUUCCUAAGUCAUCCUGAGAUUGCCAUCAGAACCACCUUCGUUCUUCCUGCCACCCACAUUCGUUGCCAAACCAACACUAUCGUUACCUUGAAUAUGCGCUUCACACUCCUCGUUCUGGCCACAGCCGCCUCCCUUGCCUCAGCGCAAGAAGCCAGGAUUCCCCUCGGCUACGAGUGCAAUGUCAAAAGCACACCAUGUGCCUUUGGUGCUUCGUGCUACACGGCCAACUUGACGCGCACCCCUAUUUGCGGCAACUCUCAGGCUCCAUGCACGAGCGACGAACAAUGCGCAUACAACGCAUGCGUCCAAGGUGCAUGCAGCGGCUUCAAACCAGGGGCCUCACCAUCACCGACUGCCGAAACCAGCAAGUUCCAGGGCGCGCUGCCUGCCCCGUCACCCACCAUUGUCGCUCCUGCUGGCUCUCUCCCUCUCGGCGCCCAAUGCAAUCCGUUUGUGAAGCCGGACCAAUGCAAGAAUGCUCAGUGCUGGGCAAGCAACAUGAUGGCCAUAGCGACAUGUGGAGGCUUCAACGCCCAGUGCACGUCCGACGACCAGUGCAACCUCGUCACGUGCAGGAAUGGUCUCUGCAGUGGUGGGUAUAAGCCAUCCACCUCGGGCGCUGCCAAUGCUACCACGGCCACAAUGCCGCCUCAGAGUGGAGCUUCUUCCCUACCGACUGUCAACGGCACCAUACCGACCGCCAACGGCACUACCAACGGUACCAUCCCCGCGUCCAGGAGCGCAACUCCUACUGCUACCGGUGCCCCGGAAUUUCCAGGUGCUGCAUCUGCCAAUUAUGCAGCGGGAGGUCUUUUGGCUCUCGUCGCUGGUGCUGUGGCCUUGGCUUUGUAGGAUCUGAAGGAGAGGGAGAGAGUUCUGCAUGAUUACGAUAGAAUGGCCGAUGAUACUUGAAUGGAACAAAAGUACUUUAAUACAAAUAGAGAUUAUAAUGAACUUGGAUACUGUA